AUGUCAGAUUACGAAGAUUACGGCAAUGACGACGCAGGAUAUAAUGAUGAAAUUUUAGAAGAUGAGUUUGAACCAGAAACGAUAGAUGAAGAACUAGAACCAGAAAUUCCAAAUGGAUUUGAUGAACAAAGAGAAGGAGGAAUACCUGGUAUCAAUGUACAAAAUGGAGUUGCGAUACUGGUAAAUGGUGUGGAGGGUACAGAGAUGGACGUUGAUAGUAAUAAGCAAGUGGUCGUAGAAAAAGAAAGGGUUACAACUCCUUACAUGACGAAGUACGAAAAAGCACGGAUAUUGGGAACCAGAGCUUUACAAAUAAGUAUGAAUGCUCCAAUCCUCGUUCCGCGUGAGAACGAAACGGAUCCCCUCGAGAUAGCUAAAAAAGAGCUUCGAUUUAAAAAAAUUCCUUUGAUGAUACGAAGAUAUUUACCGGAUGGAAGUUUUGAAGAUUGGAAUGUCAGAGAAUUGACCAUUCCUGAAGAUGAAGAUUAUAGUAAUACUUAA